CAUUGAGAAUUCACGCAAGGGAAACUCCCUUGCAUGCAGUGAUCAUGCCCCUGUCCUGUCGUGUAACGCCAUCCUAUCACCAACAGGAAAAGAGCACCCAUAACUUACCAUCUACUGCAAACUCUGUUUGAAUGACCAGCCAUGCACUCAUGAUUUCUUUACUUCGAUACCGGCCGACUGCUCGGCACUGUCCUCAACCAUUGCGCAUGCUUCAAGUUACAUGCCGACGACCCCGAGGCUCCAGCCCCGUGGUUCCCCACCGCUUCACUUCCUCCCGCCCCCUAAAACUACCUGAGUACGAAUAUGGUCCGUGGACAUCGUACUACAAUGCCUUCCGCAAGAAUGUUUAUUUUCGUAUCUUCAGCCUCAGCAUGCUGAGCGUUACGCUCCUCUACUUCGGCUCACACUUCGAGGCGGUACCCGAUGUUCAUGGACGUCGACGAUUCAUGCUUGUUUCCGAGGAUUCGAUGGAGAAACAAUGCGUAGUGAAAUAUAAGUUGUUGCGGGAGAAGCUGAAGGAGCACUUAGUAGGCAUCGAGGAUGACCGGGUUCGGAGGGUGCAUUUUGUGCUCGAGCGGCUACUAGGUGGUAAUGGACUGACGGGGAAAGGGAGGCGGUGGGAGAUUAUGAUUAUCGAGAAGAAAGGGAGGCGGUGGGAGAUUAUGAUUAUCGAGAAUGCGCAGGAAGGUAAGCGUUCUUUCCUAAUUCUAGACACUAUUUGGAUACCUUCAAUUUGCCUAGUCUCGAAGGGAUAAUCAAUAAUACAGACUAGAUUCUGCUUUCACGCAACCUCUAGCACAUAUCCUCCCAGGAAACAAAUUGAUUAUCGCCACCUCCACCAUCACUUCUCUUUCCAACACAGAACUCGCACAUCUGCUCUCCCAU